GUCUCAAAUUCAGCAGUUUACAUGGCAAGGCAAUGCCCUGCUUGAUUCGCGGAUCCCCUUGCCGGACACCGACGAGGGAGGAAAGGAUAUCGAACCCGAUUUUCCACCGGACAUAGUAGACGAGGAGGCUGCUGCUGACUUUGGGAACGGCAGUGCCGAAGAACAGGCAGCUCGGCGUUCGAGGAGUCGGUCUUCGUCCGAAGAGGUUCCUGAUGGUCCGGAUGACGAUCCCCGCGGCCAAACUGAGGAUGACCAAGAGCACACAGGGGUCUUCAACCUCGACGAAGUUGAAGAUGAGUCUCAUGGUGCAACACCGGCCAAGAAGGUGCGACACGACGAUGGCAAAGCCCCCACGACCUUGCUGGGUAUCUACCAAGAGCUCUGCCGCAUGGGGCUCCGCUCUCCUGGCGCUAUCAGGCUGGCGUCUCCAGAGCUGCGGGAUGCCGUUGUCCGGCUGUACCAGCCCCUGGUGGAGCGGCGACCCCCAGCAGCCUUUCAUCCUGAGCGCAUGGUGACCCUGAAAUCUCCCAACUGCAAGGAUCCGGCGUGGAAACACAUCUUGGACGGCACUCGUCGCGCGGUGCCACGAGCCUUGGUUGAUGUUACGACUGGAAUGGGAGGAGGGCCAGAGCUGGAUUUGCUGGAGCUGCGCCUCUGGGAGAUCAAUGCAUCCCUGGGCGAUCAGCCCAAGCCUGCCAUCAAGGUGGUUUUGUGCCUGCAGCUUCAAGCCGGUUGUAGUCACGUGAAUCUUGGCGUCCCGGACAUGGAGGACUGGUUGCUGAAGAAUGACAACGCAACCUCCUUCUUGUACAAGCAUGAAGAGAGAAGGCUGGGGUAUCAGCCCAGCGAUCCUCCUGCGCCCAGCGCCAGCAGGACCGCCAGACACGUUCUCACCAUGUGCGACCUGAGCAGGGAAGAGGUCAUGGAUAUCUUGCGAGUGGCAGCGGCGAUGAAGGAAUCGAGAAGGACCUAUCUGGACACGGGCUAUGACAGAUUUUCGGAGACUCUGAAAGGUUAUUCGCUCUUGACGCUGUUCGAGAAGCCCUCUCUGCGAACACGAGUGUCGCUCGAAGUAGGCAUGAACCAGCUAGGUGGCCAGGCGAUUUUCUACUCCAUAGCUGAUUCACCGCUGGGUGUGAAGGAAAGUAUUCAGGACACCGGGAAAGUGUUGUCUCGAAUUGAGGGCCUGUCAGUGCAAGGAAGUCUGCAUGGCUCGUCUCAUGCAGAGUCGCCCCUGCAGCGUGUGAUCCUGGUGGUGGCUUCAUUGCAAGGACUGGUAGCUUUGUGUCGCUUCGCACUUGGAGACAUUUGGGGUGGACUAUGCGACAUACUGGUGCCGAUGAUUGGUCUUAUUGCGGUCUUUGAACGGAAGGCACUCUACUCCCUGCUCUGUGCUUUCGCCAACUUUGUGGAUCUGUGUCUCAGCAUGGGGCUCUGCCUUAGCACAUUGCUGCGAUCCACGGAGGGACGGAGACUCAGUCUGGAUAUGCAGAGUGGCGUCCUUCUCACUUCUGCAUCGCUGGCCCUUCUAGGUUUGUGCGCCAGCGUCCUGAUGUGGCGGGAUCUUCGGGCAAGAGAAGCCGGCGGCAUUUCGGGCGCGGAGGCUGCGGUGAUGUACGGCUCUCUGAAGGAUGGAAGCGGAGGUCAGAGCUUGAACGACCCCUUCCUUCUGGAGCCCGGCUUAGCUUCUGGCAUUGCAUGUCAAGGGAUCACUGCACGGGUCAUGACACGCAAGGCUUUGCGGAGUUUGGCACAGGUGGCCGAAAUCCCUGUUGUCAAUGCUCUGGACGACUACGCGCACCCGCUGCAGAUGCUUGCAGACCUCCUCACCGUGCUUGAAUACAAGGGCUCAUUCAAAGACUUCACCAUGACGUACAUGGGCGAUUUGGAGAACAACGUCACCUAUGACUUGAUGCGAACAGCGGCUUUGAUGGGCUACAACUUGAACCUGGCUGGCCAGGGUGACAUUGAGAAGUCUGUGUGGGAAGAAGUAAACACACUGGCGAAGGCGUCUGGGUCCAAAGUGAAAGUCUGUGCGUCAGCUGCCGAGGCAAUGACCGGCGUGGAUUGCGUCUACACAGACAGCUGGAUGAGCUAUGGCAUUCAGAAGGAGGAGGAAGAGGCCCGAAUGAAGCUCUUCAUGCCCUUCCAGGUUACGACAGAUCUCAUGAAGCUUGCAAAGCCCGACUGCAUCUUCAUGAACUGCUUGCCAGCGGCUCGCGGUAUGGAGCAAACGGCCGAAGUGAUAGACGGACCACAGUCUGUUGUUUUCGACCAGGCAGAGAACCGACUCCAUGCCAUGAAG